AUGGUCCAUUACUUUACGUCGUCCGACGAAGAUGCUCUACGGUUUCACAGAAACAUUCAAGCUCUGAAUCUUGCCCUUUCCUACACUACAAUUCGGUGUACCUUUGAUGAGCGUCUACCAUCUCAUGAACGGCAUUGGAUAUUUCAGAUACGUGGUGCUUUGUACCAUGUUUUAGGUCCUUUGAGUGGAGCGUCGGCUAUGACUGGCCAGCUCGCCAGAGCGGCCCAGGUUUACUUCCUUGGCGAAGGGCCUGAACAAGCAUCUGAGCUUGCAACAAAUGCAAGAUCAGACUCGAAUCCUCAUCUGAUGUCAUGCCGUGAUAUACUGGAGAAACUUGGUGGCCGGCAGUACGAUUUACCAAGUGUUAAUGCCGAGGUAGCUGCUCUGAUCAUCCCGUCCGAGUUCGGCCAGCGCGGCUACAGAGAUAUUCAAUUAUACCUUCGAGAGGCGCCGUCACUUACACGGGCCACCGAUCUGAUUUCAGUUGAUGGUGACAACUCGGAUAGUGAUAUGAUCGAGAAUCUGGCACAAGUUACGCCAGCCACCCAAGAGAUUGAUUCGGACGAAGAUGAUUGGGAAGAUGACGUUCUUGAUCAUGAUAUCGACCAAGAUCAUGGUGAGGUUCCCGACGGAUUGGUUGCUCCUCACGAUCCAGCUAUCGAUGAAGAGUUUGACAAUAUGAGGCAAAGGUUUCUAACCAGGAUCCACCGUGAACACCCUCUUUAUAUGCCAUUAUCGUAUGUCGUUCUUUAUACGUCUGGCGGCCGUGGCUUUUAUCGGAGUAUUCCUCUCCCGGCGGCAAAUCCUAAGACUGGCAGGGCUUUUCAACGCUCUAAGGUCAGCAUGGUUGAGUUUCUUCGGCUUGGUGUCUAUACCAGGCGUCACUCAAUUAAUCGAUUCCAUCGUGCUGGCGUCCUCUUUCAACAGUGCUUGGUCGAUGGCUGGAUUGCUGCAGAGGGCAAGAAACUUGAAUAUAUUCGAUGGCAUCAGGAUGAGAUCAGACGCUAUGACAUGUCUCGCGAGGAAGAUAUUAUCAAAUUGCCGUCCAGUAUGACAGGUUUGUCUUAG